AUGGACGAGAAGGCAAAGAUUGUUCAAGCUGAGCAACUCAAGAAGUUUGCAUUCUUCGGUUAGUUUUAGAUUUGAUUUUUGAAAAAUUAAAUAAUUUGAUUAAUUAAAGGAGUUGCUGCUUCAACAGUCGCCACUUUGAUCGCAAUUAUUGCGGUUCCAUUGCUAUGUGUUCAUAUGCAAACUGUCCAAUCUAGUCUCUCCGAUGAUUUGCUUUUCUGCAAAUCGAAAAAUUUGGACAUGAAAGUUGAAAUUGAGAAACUUUCCCUUACAAGAAACGUCAACACUGGAAGAGGAAAACGUCAAGCUGCUGAACUUUGCUGCUCAUGCGGACAAGGAGCCACCGGUCCAGCUGGAGUUCCAGGACAAGAAGGAACACCAGGACAAGACGGAAAGGCUGGAACUCCAGGAGCUCCAGGACCAGACGCUGACGCGCAAGGAAUCCACUACAAGCCACCAGUGCCUUGCUACAAUUGCCCACCAGGACCACCAGGACAAGUUGGAGGACCAGGACCAAAGGGGCCACCAGGACCACCAGGAGGCCCAGGAGAGCCAGGAAACCAAGGACGCGCUGGAAAUCGUGGACCACCAGGGCCACGUGGGCCACUCGGAGAAUCUGGAACAGACGGUCAACCAGGAAAUCCAGGACAGGCUGGACAAGUUCGCACACUUCCAUCACCUCCAGGACAACCGGGACAACCAGGAGAGCCAGGACAACCAGGAGAAAAUGGAGCCGAUGGUCGCCCAGGUCGCCCAGGAAGAGUUGGACCACCAGGCCCACCAGGAGACAACGGAUCCCAAGGAGAACCAGGAAAAGAUGGAGAAAACGGAGGAGAUGGACAACCUGGAAAUGCUGGAGCCAAGGGAUCUUGCGAUCAUUGUCCACCACCACGUACCGCACCAGGAUAUUAA